UCAAGAGUGCAGUGGUAGAACUCCCCAGAGGAUCACAGAAGCUGUUUUGUGAUGUUCCAUUUGAAUUUCAAGGAAUAGCCACUAACUUUUAGCAUGGGGGUAUUUCUUAAUUUACUCCUGGGUUUAUGCACACUACAUCUGUUCAUCCAUUUUAGUGCAACUGUGGAUGCAUCCAGAAGGCCAUGGACAACUGCUGAUAACAGAGGGGCUGGAACGAGGACCGCCAGAGCUGUAAACAGACCAAUACCCAUCAACUGUCGGCUGGGGAGCUGGUCGUCUUGGACUCCGUGUAACUCUUGCACAGACAAAAAGUUCCGUUUCCGAUACAUGGAAAAACCCUCACAGUUUGGAGGCACAGAGUGCAUUGAGACAUUGUGGGAGAGACUGGCAUGUCCAACAGCAACCACACAGUGUGUGGUACCAGAUCACUGUGGCGAGAGCUUUACCUGCAACGAAACAGGGCGCUGUAUCAGCCCGUCACUUCGCUGUAAUGGAGAGUCAGACUGUGAAGAUUUUUCUGAUGAGGAUGACUGUGAAAAUUUCAACUACAGAGACGACAAGUGUUCCACGCUCCUGCCAAUCCCUGGUGCUGAGCGUGGCACUCAGGGCUACAAUGUCUUGACUGGAGACUUUGUGGAUCAUGUACUUGACCCGAAUUAUUUUGGAGGAAAGUGUGAAUAUGUGUAUAAUGGUGAUUGGAGGAAAUUCAGCUAUGACUCAUUCUGUGAGAACCUGCACUACAGUGAAGAUAAUAAAAACUACCGGAAACCUUACAACUACCAUGCCUACCGUUUUGUGGCUGAAGCUACAUCAGAGGGCUCUCAUGAGUACUAUGAGGACAUGGCGAGCCUCCUGAAAGCAAGGAAAACUAUGAGUUCUUUCAAUGCUGGAGUCACAGUCGGGAUCAGUUAUGUGGAAAUGGGACUGAAAGGAAGUAAAGAGUCUGAUUUCCUCAGGAACUUAACCCAGCAUAAAAGCCAGGACCUAGGGUUCGUUAGGCUUUGGUCCAAAGUCCAAACAGCCCACUUCAAGAUGAGAACCAAUCAGUUGAUGCUUCAUGACGAUUUGUAUGUUUCGCUCAUGGACCUCCCUGAGGAGUAUGAUUUUGGGAUGUACUCCAGCUUCUUCAACACAUUUGGCACCCACUACGUCACAGAGGGAACUAUGGGAGGAACCCUUGAAUAUGUUCUGGUUAUUAACAAAACCUCCAUGGCAAAAUUAAAUAUUGAGGGUGAACAAGCUGGUAAAUGUUUUGGUGGCACUAUCGGUAUAAACAAUCCACUUGAUGUCUAUGUAAGCGUAGCUCUCAAAGUGGGUGGGAGUCAGUGCAAAAAAAAGGGAACAUUUAGUCAAGAAAAGGACUCUAGUUCAGUUCAGAUUGAGGACAUUGUUACUCUGGUGAAGGGAGGAAUAACGUACACCAGUGGUGGCUUGUUGGUUAUCAGGAACCCAGACACCUACAGAAAAUGGGGAGCAAGUCUCAAAUACAACCCAACACUCAUCGAAUAUGAGACUAUGCCAAUCUAUGAGCUAGUGCGCCUCAGCACAGCCGCUGACCAUGUCGGUGCAAGACUAGCCAACCUGCGAAGGGGCUGGGAUGAGUAUAUGCAGCAGUUUGAUGCCUGUCGCUGCGCCCCAUGCAGGCAUGAUGGGAUCCCUGUCCUCAUGGGUACCUCCUGUAGCUGCAUCUGUAGGUCUGGCUAUGAGGGAGACGCCUGUGAAGAGAAUCGCAGAAGUGAUGGCAAGACAGAUGGGUCAUGGUCGUGCUGGGGGGCCUGGUCAUCCUGCACAUCAGGGAGGAAGACUCGGACAAGAACCUGUGAUAAUCCCCCACCAGAUAGGGGCGGAGCAGCCUGCCUGGGCUCUUCCUCUCAGACUCAGCGCUGUUAAAAGUGAAAUUCCUCCCAGAUUCCAGGAUAAAGAUGCUGUUGAGUGCUCAAUAAACACUGCUCUUUAACUACUGCUUUGUAAAUGUCAGAGCCCACAAAGUUAAAAUGACAUCUGCCUUUGACGUACUGGGUGACAAACUGUUUAUCAAAGUAAAAAUAAAUGUGUGUUGUGCAGA